AUGAAGUCCCAGCACUCCGCGCUGAUCACCCAGGAUGGGCGACUGCUGACUUUCGGCACUGGGUGGUUUGGUCGCCUGGGCAACGGCGAGAUGCAGAAUGAGUACGUGCCGGCGCUUGUGCCCAUGUCCGUUCUGGUGAAGGAGGUGCACUGCGCCACUUACCACACCUGCAUCGUGGAUCAGGUGGACCGCUUGUGGGUUUGCGGCCGCGAUUUCUUGGUCUGCAGGGAGUCCCACAACCAUGCGCUUUCGCCGGUGCUCUUCGAGCCCUUCAAUCAGCCCGGCGAGGUGAGGUGCGUGAAAUCGCUGGCCACUUGUGAGCAGCACACGCUAGUGGCGGCAUACCUCCCGCGGCGAUCCUCAGCAUCCCUCAGCACCACCACGCCAUUGGCGGCUGCGCCGUCUUGGGCGGCGACUCGGCUGCCGAAUCGGUCGCCGGCAGAAGGUGCCGCCCGCGUCGCUUCCCGCGCCCGGCGUCCGGGGCGGGGCGAUGCCGGCCGCACGGCCGGGGCCGCCCUGGCCGCGGCCUCGGCGGGCGCCUUCGCCCGGCCCGGCCGUGGGAGACGCGGCGAAAGGAGGGCGAAAACCGCGCGGCGGGCGGAGGAGAUGGAGCUGGACGAUGUGCCCUUGGAGCUGGGAGCGGAGGUGUUGACCGAGCCUCAGGAGCUGAGCUUCAUGAUCGAAGAGAUCCCGUCCAGGUCCAGCUCCUCGCUGAUCAUCCACCACCGCCUGGGCUCUGAGUCCCAGUACCAGGCGGUGCUGAAGCUGGUGGAGGAGUACCUGCCGAAGUUCGACGUCUACAACUCGGCGGCGGCCUUGCACAAGUGCGCCAUCAACGCGCGUGAUGACGAGCUCGCAGCCAGGCAGAUCCAGUCGGACCCCAACUUUGCGCGCCUGUUCACGGCUGCCAAGAAGCAGACGCUGGCUCGCGUGAGCGAUUUGGAAGCAACGACUUUGACGACUGUCCUUUGGGCUUGCGCCCGGCUGAAUAUUUUCGACAGCGAGCUAACUACUGCCAUUGCCGCUGAUGCAACCACUCGCAUGAACCAUUACUCUCCGAUGUCCAUCGGGCUGCUGAUGUUCUCCAUGGGCUACUCCGGAACUCGGCCGAAGCCUAGCCUCAUGAAGGCCCUGAUCGCAGAGCUGCAGGGCCGCCCGGACUUCGAUACCAACUCCUUGGUGCUGAUCGUCUACGCCUGCAUGCGCCUGGGCAUCCGGGACCGAAGGAUCAUGGAGGAGAUCGGAAAGCACAUCGAGGAGACGCAGCUGUCAGACUGCCAGCCAUUGAACCUGGCGUGUUUGUGCUACACCUAUGGGAAGUUGGAGUACUGGGAGCGGAAGGCCGUGUCAGCCCUGGCCCGACAGCUCACGCAGGUCAUGGAGGACUUCAGCCCCCGGAUGCUCUGCAUGAGCGCCAUGGGCCUGGCGCAGGCGGCCGGGCAGCUGGAGGACGUGGACGACGCCCUGGACCGGAUGAAGCUGCUGGUGGAGGACCGCAUGGCGGACUUGACGCACCGGGAGGUCUCCACCCUGGCCUUCGCCUUCGGCAAGUACGCGCUGCUGGCGCGGGAGCGCAAGGCCGCCAUCGAGGGCCGGCGCCUGGAGCGGAAGAAGCUCUCCGUGGAUGAGAACACCACCAUGGAGAUAGAUCCUUUUGUGAAGGCCUUGAAGGAUGAGGUGAUUCGGAGGGAUCACGAGAGCUGGACGAUGACCGAGCUGAACUUGAUCGUCUACGCCCUGAUGCGGAUGGAACACCGGGACGAGGACUUUCUGGAGAUCUCGGCGCUGGUGUUCCAGAAGGGCGCGGCGGAGCUGAUGCUCGUGGAGAUCCUCAACAUCCUCUACAGCUACGGGCGCCUGGAUUUCCUGAACGUGUCGCUGGUGGAGCGGCUCCUGCAGGAGCUGGAGCGGCGCAACGAGUACGACAGCUUCGAGCCCUCACACUGGGCCACGCUGGCCUAUUCCCUGGCCAUCAACCAGGUCCGGCAUGAGCCGCUGAUGGACCGCAUUGCGCUGCACUUCUGCGAGCACAUCCGGGAGUAUGAGGAUCAGAGCUUGCAGAUGACCCUCUACGGCCUGGCGGUUCUGAAUUGCCGGAACCACGGGGAGGUGGUGGCAUCAGCUGCCGCGGAGGAGCUCGCCCGCCGGGACCUCACCAACUCGACUUUGCCCCAAGGGAUCUUCGCCGUGGCCCUGCUGGCCGGGCCCUCCGCCAGCCUCCACGUCAUGAGCCUCAUGUUCCGCCCGGGCUUUUGGGACCGGGACUUUGCGGAGUUGGGCUACACCAUGCUGUACCAUCUCAUGGCAUCCUGGCAGGCCGAGCUGAAGUUGCCGGUGCAGGAGCUGGUGGGGCAUACCGUGUGCCGGCGCUGCUACGAGGAGGCAACGGCCACGUAUAUGGGCGAGCAGCACCGGCGCUUGUCCGACCGCUUGCGCAUCCAGCAGAUCCCGCACCAGGCGAAUUGCAUGGUGUCGGCGCUGGACGGCUUCGCUGAGGCAGGGGUGCGGGGGGACAUCUGCAUCCCCAAGAUCAAGCUCAUCAUCGAGGUGGAGGGUCCCCAGAGGAACACCGUACCCUUGGAGCUGCUCAUGGACAAGCUGCGCGAGGUGGGCUCCAAGCUGAACGGAGGAGACCGAGGGGAGGUGCUGUCGCAGGCCCGGGAGCACGUGGAGUGCGGCCUUAGCGGCUCCGCCGCCUUCAAGCGGCGCCUGCUGCGGAGCUGCGGCUGGCGGGUGGUCACCGUCUCCUUCGAUGAGAGUGAAGAGUAUAUUGCAGACGCCCUGAAGAAGAUGAUCAAGAAGGGCCCCGGAGAAGAUGAGGAAGUGCCUGAAGCCUUCCCAGAUGCCUCGGCCUAUGACUCGAUUCAAGAUUUCGACCCGGCGCUGGUGAAGCCGAAUGAGAACGACAUCUCCGACUUCGAGCUGAAGUUGCGGGAGAGGCACGCAGAGGCCAUGGAAAAGCUUCAGCUGAGAUUGCUGGAGGAGCGGGAAAACGUGGCGAGUGCGUCAAAGUACUCGGACUACCUGCAGUUUCGCCAGUGGCAGGUGCAGCUCGAAAAGGAGAUCCUAAAAGAGAUGGUGGAGGGCCUUGCGGAGGCGUGA